CCUAGUUCCCUGUUUCUCUUCCUACGCAACCGUAGAUUCAGGGAGUGAGGAGCAGGGCGUGGGUCACAGAAGUGGUCGUUCCCCCCAGCCCGGAGCACAGAGGGACAGCAGCCGCGAACAUGAGAGACGCCGAGGAAGCCAGGACGCAGCCGCUGGGCCCCCAGGACGAGGAAGAGCCGACAUCCGGUGGCACCGGAUAUUUCAUAAAAGGCUUUGGAUUCCAACCGACUUACUGCCUCCAGAACAUGGCAGGGCGCCUGGGCCGGGGCUCCGUAGCCCCCGUGCUGCAGCUGCUCUCCCUCGCUCUCUUCACGGUGGUCCUGGUGGUCAUCCUUGUGAAAGUCUCCAAGGUCCCCAGCUACCAGGAGCGGAGGCAGGAAAAACAAAAGAUCGACAAGGAAAUGAGCCAGCUAAAGACUGGAAUAGCCGGCCUCUGCCGCCCCUGCCCCUGGGACUGGACGCUCUUCCAAAGAAACUGCUACUUCUUCUCCCAGUCCAAGCGGAACUGGGCUGACUCUGUCAUCGCCUGCCAGGAUAUGGGAGCCCAACUGGUGGUCAUCAAAAGUGUGGAGGAGCAGAACUUCUUGCAGCUGAAUGCUAAGAAUAAAGGCCCCACCUGGAUGGGACUCUCGGAUCUGAAAAAAGAAGGCGUAUGGCAAUGGGUGGAUGGUUCACAUCUGUGGUUCAGCUUGUCAAACAAUUGGCUGCCGGGAGAGCCCAACAACGACGGAGAUGAAGACUGUGCGGAGUUCAGAGGCGACGGCUGGAACGAUGGCAAAUGUAGAGUUGAGAAAUUCUGGAUCUGCAAGGAACCCGCGGCCUCCUGCUCCAGCCCUUGAAGUCCUGUCUUCCUCUUCAGCCUCUGCAGUCAGACGUCCUGCCCGGGUGGAAGAACUUGGCCCACAUUCAUGCAGGUUCCUCUUCCCUCUCUGCGGGCACAGAGAUCUUCUUUCUUUUAAUGUACUACAGGUAGAUAUUAA